AGAUGCUACACCUUCUGUGAACGACCUCAUACAGUCUCUACGGAGGACACAGAUCCGCCAGCUGUUAUCGCAGCCAGAGACGCCUGCCCCCCGGCCUCGAGCGAGAGAUCGCCGACGCUUUGAUAUAAAUGGGAGACGUAUUCCACCCGGGCCAGCACCGCCAAGGAGCUGGCUAGAAGGGCCCAACAAUACGCCGAUUAAGGCGAGGAGCAGGACGGACGAACGUGUGUACCCGCACGACGUGGAACAUCUGCCUGGGGUUGGGUUCCAAAAUGCUCGGGGCGAGGAGC